AUGUUGAAACAAUUUAGUAAAUUGAAUAUUAGAAAUUUCCAUUAUAAAAUACUAAACACUGGAUUUCCUCAAACUAUUAAUCAAGUUGAAAAAAAUUCUCAAUGCUAUUGUCAAAAAUUAAAUGCUACAAUCUUAUCUGAAUCAGACGAUUCUGAAAAAAUUGAUAUUAACAUUAAAUUACCCAAUAAAUUACUCGAAUACAAAAAACAUGUUCUAUUGAUAAGUCCUAUGGGUAAAACAGAUUCAAAAUCACCUUUCGUUUGGGAAAAAGGAUGGGGUAGUAAAAUCGAAGAUAAUACAAACUGGCCAUAUUCUACAAUUAAUAUUUUGAAAAAUCAUUUAAAGGACAAAAAUAUUAAUUCAGGAAUCUUAAUCAAUGCUAUAUCUGUGCAUGAAAGAAAUUCUAACCAUAUAAUUUCCAAUCUUAUUCGUGAAAAAAAUAAUUCACCAAUUACUAAUGUUGCUGGUUCUAAUGAUCAAACUUGCCAAUUCUUAGUUAUACCUGAAAUGAAAAUCUAUAAUAUCAACAAACAAGAUUUAUCAAAAUUUGGUGACUUUAUUACUCAAGAAUUUGAAGCAAAAAUGCCAAUUAAAUUGAGCUUCGAUGAUUAUUUGAAAGGUAACGCUGAAUUAAUAUUAAAAGAAAAUAAAUCUUCUCCCAUUAAUUCAUAUAACCAUUUUAAAUUUACUGGUACAUCAAUAGAUUCAAAUUGGAUAUUUAUUUGUGGCCAUAAAGAAAGAGAUAUGAGAUGCGGAAUAAUAGGUAAAGAUAUUGCUAGGAAGAUUGAAAAAGAUAAUUUAUUAGCCAAUUAUAAUGUAGCAAUUAUUUCUCAUGUUGGAGGCCAUAAAUUUGCUGGCAAUGUGAUCCUAUAUACAAACGAAGAUCAAAACAGUACGGAAGGCUCUAAAGCCGUUGAUACAUUAUGGCUUGGCAAAGUUACUCCUGAAAAUAUCACAUGCAUCUCAAAUCAUUUCACCAAGAGAGAAAUCCCGUCUGAGUAUCUUCGAGGGCAUACUGUUCUUAAAGCUAAAUAA